AUGCGCCGCAACAGAAAGGCAUUCGAAGCGCGGACACGCAGGCAAUUUUCCAAGCGGCCAACGGUGGAGGUGAAGCAGCAAGCACACACACAGCGGCAUUUGGCCAAGGCAGCUGGAGGCCUGGGCAGCUUUCCUAGAGAGAAGGCUGGACGCGCAGCCCAGAGCUCGGGGUACUGGCAGGGGAGCGGGGAGCGGGUGAGGGGACGCACAGGGGCCGGCGGCUUCCCGGGGGCCAGACUGGAGCUCCGUGCAGACUCGAGGAACCCCCUCCGCCAGCCCGGAGGAGGAGGGGGCACGGUGCUCGGCACACGGCGGCGCCGGGCCCGGCAGGAGUUUCCGGUUACCGCACUGACCACAGGAAGAGCACCAGCCGCAAAGCAGCCCGUCCGCGCCCGGCGGGGGCCCACGCCCUCCCGGCCUGCACGUCCCCCGCCCCCGCCCGGGACCGCGGAGGCAGGGCAGCGUCUGCCGACCCGGCCACCGACUCAGCGCCCAGCAGUUGGCGGCCCCCGGGGAGAGGGGCCCCGCAGCGCCGGAGGGCCCCGCCUCUGGCCGGGAGCGGACGGGGGUCAGACCUCAAGCCGGCUACUCACUCCGAGCGCCCCGGCGCCCCCCGGGGGCCGGCCGGGGACGGGAGGGGGGGCCGUCUCCGGAGGCUCGGGCCGCCUCCGGGCGGGGCCGGCGCGGGGCGCGGGGCGCCGGGCGCGGGCGCCGGGCGGGAGCGGGGGCGGCGCGCGGCUCCUGCGGCUCCUCCGCGGCGCGGCCGGCAGGUGGGCGCGCGCUCGCCGGGCGGGGGUCCGGCCGGGCCGCGCGCCUCCCCCGGAACUCGGCCGUGCCAUUCCCAUGAUGCCCAGCCACCGGGCACGGCUUCCGGAGCGCGGCCGCCGCCGCCCCGCCGCCGCCGGUAGGUCCGGGGAUGGGGCUCCGGGGCCGCCCCGCCCUGCGCGCGCCCCGCCCUCCCGCGCGCCCCCGGCGCCCGCAGCCCGCCCCCCGGCCCGGGACCCCGCCGCCUCCCCGGGACCGACGCGGGCGCGGGCUGGGGGCCGGCGCAGGGCCGAGUGGGCGGCGGGGGCCGGGCCGGAGGGCGGGCGCGCAGGCCGCUCCGCGGCGCCAGGCCGCCGGGGAAGGGGCCGCCGCGGGCGGCGUGGACUCGGCCGGGCGCCGGCUAGGCACCGCGGCCCCAGAGGCAGCUCCUGGCCCGGGCCCCCGUCGGCGCGCGCCCGCGUUCCUCGAAGCCGGCCGGGCGCGGGGCCCAGCGGGGGAUCUCCUCGGAGGGUGGUGUUGCGGGAAAGACCACCUGCUGUCGUGGGGCUCCAUCUGAGGACUUUGAAGUGGCUUCUCACGUCCCCAGCUAUGCAUGUCCUGGUACAUCAGACCGAUGGCUCAGGGAAGUUGGAACUAUUGUGGUUAACUGUAUUUGGCCUCAGGGAGCUGCUAGUUUGUGUCAAGAGCCAACCAACCCGUGAUGUGUCGCUGAGCCUGACUCCCACUAGUCGACAGUUCCACCCGGCCAGAAGCUUUGCGCCUUCGUCCCGUCACCCCCUCUUGACGACUUCGGAAGGUAAACUCCGCCUCUGCUCCUUCACCGGAGAAGAUGGUCGGAGGGAUGAUGGAAGAAGGACACUCGCGUCAGCUUCCACGAGCUCGGCCCAGGGGGCUUGGAAGCAUUUUCUCAUGAGUCUCCUCGGCCACCCGCCCCGUACAGCCGAGGAAGCUGAGGCCCGGGGGCCCACGGCCGGCCGGACCUUCGCCAGGCCCGUGGCUCCCGUGCGACCUGACCCGGGGCGCCCGCCCGGCGUGCCCCCCCGCAGGAUGUGA